AUGACAUUAGGAUCAAAGAAGGGGUGGAAGUCCAUAGUUCCCCAGUAUUUGAAAGGAAAAUCAGCCCCUCGUUUUUGUUUAUUUUCCAAAGUGAAGCCGACAGAUCAUGGUUCUGGAAAUACUUCGGUUUAUCUCAAUGUGUACGACUUGACACCAGCGAAUGGUUAUGUCUACUGGGCUGGCCUAGGUAUAUUUCAUUCUGGUGUUGAAGUUCAUGGUGUGGAGUAUGCAUUUGGAGCUCAUGACUAUCCUUCAAGUGGUGUCUUUGAAGUUGAACCUCGAGAAUGCCCGGGUUUUAAGUUUAGGAAGUCAAUAUUCAUUGGGACUACAUAUUUGGAUGCGACCCAAGUACGGGAGUUGAUUGAAUGUAAAGCCGCAAACUACAAUGGUGAUUCAUAUCACUUGAUUGUGAAGAAUUGCAAUCAUUUCUGCAAAGACAUAUGUCACGAGCUCACAGGGAAAAAAAUUCCAAAAUGGGUAAAUCGACUUGCAAAAUUAGGUUCAAUCUUUAACUGCGUCUUACCCGAAUCCCUUAAAGUUACUGCUGUGCAAGGUGAUCCGAAAUCUGAAGCAUGUGAAGAUAAUGAGAAGACGAAGCUAAGUAGUUCGUGGUGUCUGUCCUCAAUCUCGACCAGGCGGAGGCAGUUAUCGGCAUCAUUCCCAUUAAAAGGUUGCUCACCAUUGUGGCAAUUAAGGUCUACAAAUGGCUCACCAAAGGAAAGAAAAGACUAA